CUUCUUAGAGUAUGUCUGCGCGGGCCACCCGCUCCUCGCUUGAACAUAAGAACUGUGUCCUGGGGUGGCCGAGGAGGCCCAGGAACUGUGUUCCGGUUUCGAUCCCAGCACGUUGCUCAUGCCUUCCAGAGUAAGAACUCUCAAAACUACGAAAAGCCUCUUGCAGUCUGGUGUCUUGAUAACGCUGGAUGCGAUAUACAUCCAUGUCGACAGACGUCAAGUGAUUUUCCGCAUUUGCCGCCUUCUCAACAGUCAGGUUGAGGGAACUUGUCGACUUCCUCCUCUCCGACCAAACCGCCCACAGCAUCAUUGCCCACUCCCGGUCCUUCCAAGCCAGGCAAAUCGUCAGCGGGUCGAUCCCCAGCCGGAUAUGAAAAGACUGGCACUUGCCGCGAUCCAUGGGAGCGCUGACUCCCCGCGACUUGCGGCUGAAGGACGUCAUUGAUGAGUUCAAUCCUCUCUCCAAAAACCAUUGACUAACCCACCAAACCAC